AGCUAUACACACAGCAUAGAUAACUGAUUGACAAGCUACAAUACAGUAUGUACUAACAGUAACCACUGCUCAUCUUCGUAUUAUCAAUUGUAAAGUGGGAAAUAAAAGAUCCAGACCUUGAACUAAUGUGGAAUAUCAUUGAAGCAAGCUGAGGGUUUUUUUGUGGUAGUAUUUACUAACUGUGAUUGAUUUCAUGGACGGAUAACAAACAAAGGAGAGUCUAGCACUCCUGUUUAACAAAACCAGUGGAGACGUGGCAUAGUGUUUGAUUAUCUGUCAGUUAGGUAGAUUUUAUCUGUAGUUUGUCUUUACAUUUGACAGUUUUUGAAUUGUUGCAGUGUGAUCACAUAGUUUGAUUCUACUGUGUCUGGAUUUUGUAGUUUCUGAUGUUGAUUCACUGAUUUUGAGGAAAAAAUGAACUACUGUAGUCUGAUGUACCACAGAACACCAUCAAAGUGAAAGCUCUAUUGGUUCUGAACGCAUAUAGAAACAUUUAACUUCCUGGAAUGAAGUACAGAAAGAAGAAUGUGAUUUUCUUAUUCGCAAUGCAUUUGCGGUGAAUCUGAUGGAAGACUUAGGUUUGCUAUGAAAAAGGCUUGGUCAUUGGUAUCUUUGAAUCUUGCUGUGCUAUCAAUAUAAAAUUACUACCCUCACUUUUAUCAGGGAUCUUCAUAUGUCUUGAAACACUUUUCAAUAUUGGAAUCUUUAAUUUAUUGGACUCUAGUUUUCUUAUACUAGAAUUUUAUAAAUAGAAUUACUAAACGGCACUCGGCAAUCUGCUAUUGUCUGCAAUCAUAAAAGAAUCAAACACUUGAUAAUUCCGCAGACGAUAAACUACUGUACAUGGUGCAAGUAUGCAAGAGUUAUAUCAUUUGACAUUGUGAAAGCUUAUAAAAGUGUGCAGCAAAUUUUUGCAAAUUCUCAAAACAGUUUUUACAGUUUAUGAACCAGUGUGCAUUUUAACCACUAGCCUUGUGUUUUGUGAUUAGUGAUUUGCAUAUAUUCCGGUGAAAACUAACAGGAGUUGUGAAAUUUCAGAAUUUGUCUCAAAUGAGAUGGUAGCCAACAACAGUAAAAUGCAACUUUAAUAGUACAGAUUUGAUGGUUUUAUGUGAAAAGAGUUCUAGAGAGACACGAAGUAGGUAUAGUUAAUACUAAAGCGUCAUCAUGUUGAAUGGGGAAUUGGAAAGUAUUGAGGAGGGGUACGGAUCAGCAGAUGAAAGACCCUCAGAUGAGCGCAUGCGAUCAGCCUCUGCUAUCAACUAUCAAACGUACCUGCAGAUUGUACCCACCGAUAUUGAUGAUGAAGAUGAGGAAAACAUCUUUUUUUGGGAUGAACCGACAUUAUCGUCCCCAGACUCAACUCCUGUGUAUGGAGACACGCCGACAGAUCCAGCCAAUGAAUUUCCACAGGAUCCAAACUACCAAGAUCCAUAUGUGGUCCAAAAUGAAGAAGAGAGGGAAAAAAUUCGUCUGGAGUUAGCGCAGACGGAGGAAGACAUAGCAGCCCUGCGAUCCACACUUCGUGGCAAAGAACAAGCAGCCAAAGAAUUGAAGCGAAAAUUAGGUAUUACAACGAUGUCAGAGGUCAAGAAAGAUGUUGCUCAGGGGUGGAAAAAUAUUCAGCAGUCCAAUGCAUAUGUAAAUACAUCUAAUAAGUUACAUGAAAUCAAUGAAAGAAUAACAACAUCAUCAGCUUACCAGAGGAGUAGUUUUCGCAUUAAGAAAUGGAACAGCAAUGUGAAAAGUUCUAAAGCGUACAACAAGACAAAGACUGGUCUCUCAACUGCUGGUCAAAAGACUGGUGCUGCGUUCUCAACUUUGGGUUCAUCCAUUUCCAAGAAACUCGGAGAAAUGAAGGAAUCCACAGCCUUUAAAUCCUUUGAAAGCAAAGUGUCAAAUGCUUCAGGAAAUAUUAAGAAUAAACUCACAGGGUCAAAAUCUGAAGACUUGUCAACGUUUGAGGAGACUCUGAAUACUACUGUGAAAGAGGAGCAAGUAAAUGCAGAUGGAUCCUCCACAAAAACAGACAGCGGUACCCCAUUGCCCGAAGAGAAAGUACCGUUGUAGGACUACGAAUUCAAAGUUUGGGUGCAAAUAUAAUACUCAUCAAACAAUGAGGCAAGAACCAAAUCCAAAAUCUUUCAAAUUUGAUAUAAGGAAUAUGAUUGAUUGAGAUUGUUCAGACAGUUUGAUUAAUUUUAUUUCAUUAUCUUUAACUCAAAAGUAUUGCAAUCCAAUGUGUAUAAGAUUUUGAAUUAAGAUUUAAGAUAUAAGAUUUUUCUUCAUAAUUAAGAAGUAAUUACUACUUUAUGGCUAAUGACAAAAUUUCAACAAUUUUUGGUAAAUGGAUUUUUAUGAGAUUGUUAAGUAAGCAAUCAUUAAUUCUCAUUGUGUAUCUCCAUGUUAUUUUUUUUGUAAAUUUUGUCUGAAAUGGAAUGGAAAUAUAUCUGAACUUGAACUUAAUUGUAGUUUGAUUAGGAUAGAUUAUUACUAACAAAAACAAAACCUUUAUCUUCAAUUCACUGUAUUGAAAGAAAUAUAUAUUAUACAUUAUUGCUUUGGCUAUUCAAAAUGUAAUUUUUAAUUUAUGAAAUUACUUUACAGUGUGGUAGAGUCUGUCAUUCUCUUUCAGUGGUAAACUCAAAAUGAGUAUUAUGCAUAUUGUAAUCACAAGAGAAAACCUCAAGCACUUCUCAUUUAUAUAUCCAAUUAUAUUAAACAUUUCAUUUCAAAAAUUCUUCACUAAAUUUUGUGGCUGGGAUGUGUAUCUGGUAAUGGAAAUCUAUAAAUAGAUUUUUUUUGGGUUGAAUAUUCUGUAAAUCGUUUCAUAUUUGCUAAAUAAUUGUGUUAAUAGAAUAAAUUUCCUCAAACACUGUGCAGGCCUAUGUAUAUGAAUGUCAAUUAAUUAUAAUAUAUUAUUAUUGUUAUUUUUUCAUAUAGGUCAAAGGUUAUUUAGAAAUGAAUACAAAAUUAUAUAUAUUGAUAUGAAAUUAUUACAUAACAUGAAUAUAUUAAGGAUAAUUAAAAUGAAGAAGAAUCUACACCACUUUGGGACUCCAUGCUGUUUUAUAAGUAGAUGCACGACCCCUAAACAAACUACAGUACAUAGGGCAGGCCUGUAACAGAUAAAUAUGAUGCAUCCUCACCUUAAGCAUUUAUUUUUGGGCAAGAUUACAAAACAGACGGAAAAUGUUUGGGGCAGUACAGUAUAAGAAUUGGUGUUCGUUGGGAAAUUUGCAAUAUAAUCGUAGAGUGUGUUUCUCUGUACCUACCUUUUAUGAGUCUAUUUUUGCUUUGAUAGUACUGACAUAUCAACUUUUCUAUAGUUAAUGUGAAAUAAUGUAAUCAUAAAGGCCUUUCUCCCUACUAUUUUAAUUGCGUAUAUAUACAUUACAAUAUUAUGAUUUGUAUUAUUACAGUUAAUAUAUUAUUUCAAUUCAUUUAUUUAAAUUUGUAGUAUGGUAGAGUAUAUAUAAAUUGAUAUGUGUUGCAUAAUGGCCUUGUAAAUUGGGCUACAGUGAAUAAAAGCUGAAUUGUUAAGAAUAGUUACUACUGUAUUUUGAAGAUGGUUUGUAAAAUUUAAUUGCUUAUCGUAUAUAUGUUGUUUAUAAUUCCAUUAAAGAAUAGCCUUUAUGCAAGACUUAGUGUAAAAUACAUAUCAAGUUAUAGAGAUGGUUAUACGUUGUUGGUGCCUUUAGCUAGAAAGACCCAAAUUUUUUUAAUAUGAAGGGCGAGCAAUAGGUUAUUCAUUGAUAUUUCUAUUUUAAUUAAUAUUCAGAAUAGGACAAUUUCAAACUAUAUAAUAUUAGUCCCUUGUCAGUUAAAAUUUUUAUUUAAAAAAUAUCAUGUAAUGAUAAAAAUAGACUAGAUAUUCCCCUCAAUAUUUUAUAGAUAUAAUUUGUCCAUUAUAACAAUAAAAAUACAAAUAAAGUUUACCAAUGUUUAGCACAGUACUCUAAUUUUCCAAAUGUACGUACAUAAUGUCAUUUUCAAUGUGUAUUAUGUGCUGCAUAUACAAAAUAUCUGCAGACAUACGUUAUAUAUAGUAUAUUGUAUAUAAUAGAUAUAUAUAUCAUGUAUAUUUAUUAUCUGAUGUUUACAUAAUAUAUUUUCAUUGCACGACAACUUGCAUAUGAAUAUAUUAUGCAUCUGGAACAAUAAUAAAUUUUAUUUGUAUCGUAAUACUUGAAUCGCAUGAUACAGAUAUAUAAUUAUACAUGUAUAUUAGCUCCCCCUUUUAACAGGUAUUUGAUAUUAAUACUUUAUAACCUGGUCAAAUUUUGUUUGUGAUUUAUUUUUAAAUUAGAAAAUAGCAAACCUGUUUGAAAUUCAGAUAAACCAUUUAAAUCCUUUAACUUGAACAAUAUUUUUAAAGCCAGUGAAUCGUGUGUGAUAUUGAGCGUUAUUGAGGGUUGGAUUUAGGAUAUGAGUUUUACCCAUGCUUACAAAUGCCAUGGUAAAAAUAAUUUUAAACAAUUCAUAUGUUAAGCUUUGUCCUGAUUAUCAAGUUUUCUCUUGACAAAAAACUGGUCUACACCCAUAUAUAGUCAUGAUGUGCCUAUAUAUGGUCAUGAUGUGAUACCAUCAUGACUAUAUUUAGGCAUGUCACAUGUUUUGUCAAAUAAAACUUGAUAGUCUGAGCAGAGCUUUAGAAUAAUACGAAGAAGAUUGAUUCACACUAUUUUAUCAAAAUUUGUUCCUUCCUUAAAGUGAAUUAACCAAGAUGGACUUUAGAUGUGGAUGUUUAUUUGAAAGCCAUGUUUAGGCUAUUAAAAAAAAAAUGCCCAUUUGACUGAAUUUCUUGACUUUACAAGGUUUGUAACAUCAGCUAAUUGUAAGAGUAAACAUUUAUAAAUAAACACAGACCAAAGAAACUGA